AUGCGCGAGUCCCUGAAAGCUCUGAAUGCCGCCUUCUCUGCCUCGACCGUGCCCGACCCUCUGCCCGACGAGCUCUAUGCCACCAUAGACGCCUUCCUCCAGCGCUAUGACGACAUUGACGACCACGACUCCCAGCGCUUCCACGAUGAUCUCCACGCGCUGUACCUGCGCCAUGUCGCCAAUAGCCCCGACAAGCGCGGCGCCUUCUUAUCAGCUCUGCGACUGCUUCGGCCCGCGAUAACAGGCGAGGCGCGUCUGACCGCCUGGUGGAACUCGGCCCUGCGACCGGUCAUCGACGGCAUAGGCUACAAGAAGAGCGAGAUUGAAGAUGCGAGGGCCUUUGUGCAGAGCAUCUUGGUCUACGACCUCGGAGAGGACCACGAUGGAGAGCACGCCCGCUUGUCCGCUCUCUUCACCAACAAGAUACUGGACGCAUACCUGGCGAGGACCAAGGUGCCUUCGGAUGCCGUGUCUCCAGAGAACGAGUUCAUCGCCCAUGAGCUCGAGGCCGUCCUAGUCGCCUUUGGGCGCAAGAUGCCAAAGAUCCUCCUCCUCACACUCGACGACCUCCUUGUGCAGAAGCAACAUCGCAUACAGGCCCUCAACCUGCUCAGUGCCUUUGUCCGCCUCCAGCCGCCGCAUCUCCAUCUCGUUCUCGAAACGCCCCUCGUCCAGAACCUGGAGAAAUGCCUGCUCAUCGACAACUCGUCGACCGUCAUCGAGCUGGCCCUCGUCGUGCUCAUCAUGUUCUUGCCUCACAUAUGCGGAGCGCUGACCUCGGACCACCACCUCGAGAAGAUGUUCCUUGUCUACUGUCGGAUAUUGUGUUGGGACAAGCUGGGGAACAACGAUGGCAAAGCUGGCGAGAUGGACAUGCACGACGACGACGACGACGACGACAGCGAAGAAGAAGACGAGGAAAACCAUGACAGCUCAGAGCAGGCUUGGGAGCAGGUGCAACCAUCCAUGGACUACCCAGCCUCGCCCCCGCCAACCCUCAUGCACUACUUCACCUUCCUCUACGGCCUGUUCCCGCUCAACUUUAUGAGUUUCGUGCGCAAGCCGAGGAGGUACCUCAAGUCGCUCAACUUCCCUGGAGCGCGCGACUUCGACCUAGAUCAGGACCUCAUCCACAGCCGGACAGAACCCUACCGCCGGGUCCAUCUGCUGCACCCCAAUAUGUUCACUACCACAGUCGAAGAUGAGCUUAGCGAAAACAGGUGGCUGAAGAGUGAUCCCGCAGACGUCGUCGUCGAGUGCAUGGAUCUCUGCGUUGCCGUGUCGUCGACAUUGGAGGAUCCCGGUCCCCCACCCAACGCAGCUUUACCGCCUGUCCCUGAAAUACCCUCCCAGUUCACACUGGAUGAUCAGGAUGGUACGACCGUGCAUGACUCAGACGAAAGCUGGAGAAACACUCAGUCGACUAUGAACGUUUCGGGUGAUGCCCCACAAAUCCCAGAUUUUGAAGUACCACGGAGCAAGUCAAUCAAGUCUGCCGUGUCUAUCAAGUCGAUGGCUUCUCCCUUGCUCAAAGGUCGCGACAUGAUGGACUCUCCUACACUACCACCUACUACUGAUACAAAGAAGCCGGACAUGGCUAGCCCGUUGGCACAGCGGUUCGUAGCGCAGCAACCCAGUCUAGACAGUUUCGCCCAGUCGAUAUCUGGACAGACUUCUGGCCAGAGUGACUUCCAGAACCACACCAUGGCGUCGCUGCAACGAGAAAUUAUGCUGCUUCGGAACGACCUCAACUUUGAGCGUUAUCUCAAAUUACAACACCUUGCCCACAUUGGACAGCUCCAACGGAAGCAUAUCAAAGAAGCGACCGCCGAAGCCGAGACCCAAAAUCUGAUCAACACCAACAAGACGCUAAAGGCCAAACUCGCCAAGGCCAACGAGCUGUAUGCCCAACUCAAAAAGGAGACACUCACGAGCCGAAGCCAGUCCAAGAAAUGGGAGAGCGAGCUGAACAACAAGGUCCGGUCAUACAAGGAGAGCGAGAAGACAUGGCACAGUGACGAAGGCGGUCUGCGAUAUGAAUUACAAAGGACGCAGUCAGACUACGAACAGCUUAAGAAGAUUGUAGAGAGGGCCGAGGCAGAGCAACUAAAAGCUCAGCAACGAACGAAAGCAUUGGAAUAUGAGCUCGAGGAUUACAGCGACAUUCGACGAGAGCUCGAGUCUGCCCAGGACAAGAUCAUAGCGUUCGAAGAUCAAAGGAAGGAAUUGCACACCCUCAUCCAGGAGCGCAACGACCUGCGCAACGAUCUCGAGAUUGCAAACAUGCGCUUGAACAGCCGGGAGCAAGAUCGCGAACGAUCGAUCAAGGCUUACGAACGCCGGAUCAUGGAGCUAGAGUCGCGCUUGCAAACAUCUGACAGAAGCACCGGUAUACCGGGACAGCUCCCGUCUUCCGUUCAGCAGAUGCUUGACUCGACGCUCGCAGCGAGCAACGCCAAGAUGCAGCAGCUGAAAAAGACCCACUACCGUCUCCUUGAGCAGUACACCGAGCUGCAGAUGAAGUACCACGAUCUUGAAGGUGAGCGAGAAGCGGAGAUGGGACAGCUCUACCCCCGAGACAAGGCUGGCCAUGUCGAUUUCGGCACGUCGCGCAUGAGUCGCAACUCCAGCGUCCGAACAGCAAACAACUACAGCUCAAGGUACUUGACGCCUCUCUCGACUACAGAGGUUCCCCCAAACGAAGAGCAAGAAUACUACGAAUACCGUUCCCCGGAGUCAGUACACAGCCCUGGUGCGGGUCCUUCACCACUUCGUCCGGCUAGGCUCGAAUCACUACAACACGGAAAGCCGCAACGGUCGCAAACGGCGCCAUCUCCCUACCCUGGGUUUGGCGGAAACUAUGGGCCGGAUUUCUCCGCAGCGUAUGACGCCUCUCUGCACAACCAGUUUCAGGCUCCAAAGCCGCCCCAGUCUAGUGGACAGAGUAGCUUCUCCGCCGAUACCGAUGGUAGCUCCAACAAGGACAGAAAAGAAAAAGUAGAACCGAAAUCGGAGGUUCGGAUCUAUGGUCGAGGUGGCGCGCAGAACAUUGGGAAGAAGGUCAAAGAGAAGGAACAGAAGAAGCCGUCGUCUUCCAAAACUGGUGGCUUUCGCGGACUCAAGGGUAUAAUGUGA